AUGCCAUCUCACAUCUUGCUCCAGAACGCAACCAUCCUAGUUCCAUCUCGUGAACCGAAUGAUUAUGUGAUGCCCCUGCGGAGCCAUUCAUUGUUGAUUACGGACAACACGAUUUCGCAAAUUGAACGAGAUCUCAUUCCCCCGGCCGGUGCGAAAAUCAUUGAUUGCACAGACAAAAUUAUCUCUCCCGGCUUCAUCGAUACGCAUCACCAUCUGUGGCAAACACAAUUGAAAGGGCGACAUGCCAACCAGACCCUGUUGGAAUAUAUGCCAAGUGGAAACUUACAACACGCUAAUUAUGCUCCCGAGGACGUGUUCUGGGGUGAGCUUGGAGGCUGCCUCGAAGCGUUGGAUGCAGGUACCACAACGGUUGUAGAUCAUGCCCACAUGAAUGUAUCCCCGGCUCAUACUUCAAAUGCAAUCGAGGCGACGGCGUCCUCUGGGAUCAGAUCUAUCUUCUGCUACGCACCCACUAUGCGUGUCAAAACCUUCAAGCCUGAUCUUACUAUUGACGGUGGUCUAUUGGAUGACUGGGUAAUGGAUCAUAUGAAGCACCUGGGCGCUACUGCUCCUUUUGGGGACGAGCGGGUUCAGCUGGGGUUGGCUUUUGAUGGAUUCAUGCUACCGAAAGAUCAGGUUGUCUCUCUUUACGCAGAAGCACGAAAGCUCGGAGUGAAGAUAAUCACAACUCAUUAUGUGAAGGGAUAUUUUGGCGACAACUCACUUGUCGACACCCUUGAAUCGUAUCAUCUCCUGGGGCCGGAUAUUCUUUUUUCGCAUGCCACCAAUCUGACAGAGACCGACAUUUCAAAGCUCGCCCAAGCGAAAGCGUGGAUCUCCACGACACCUGAUACUGAAUUGCAAAUGGGUCACGGUAACAUUGUUUGUUUCCGUGAGGGUUGCACUAACAUGAGUGCCUUGGGGAUUGAUUGCCACAGCAACAACUCCGGCGAUAUGGUCUCACAGAUGCGGCUUGCUCUGCAACAUGAGCGGUCUGGUCGUAAUGAGAAAGUCAUCGCCCAGGACAAAACUCCCGUGUCGCUGAACCUUUUCGUUCAAGAUGUUUUCCGUCUUGGCACUAUUCAAGGGGCACGAGCCAUCCACAUGGAAGAUAAACUGGGAUCGAUUGAAGUUGGGAAGCUUGCAGACCUCGUAAUCUUUGAUGGUAACAGCCCUGGGAUGAUCUGCGCAUCCGACGAAGACCCAGUCGCGGCUAUCGUUCUUCACUCCUCGGUUCGUGACAUUGAUACUGUCAUUGUGGACGGUCACAUCAGGAAGCGUGAUGGAAAGUUGCAACCUGUGAAAAUCGAUCCACUCAUGACAGACGUGACCAUCCCGAAGCAAAGUAUGGAGUGGAAUCAGGUUGCCAAGGAGCUGAUUUCAAGCCGGGGACGGAUUCAAGAUGCUAUGGUUAAGGCAGGUGCCAAUGAGCCCGAACGUCUAGUCGACGCAUUUACAAAGCUUGCGUACCUUGAUGAGAGCAAGCUUGUUAAGAUGUAA